UGGUCGGGGAGAAACCUAGUAAAAAGUCUCGUUUCAUUUGUCUGUUUUGUUUAUACACGCUACUUUUUCUUUCCUUCUUCUUUUGGCUUUGCUCAUACCAAAGUGGAAGAAAAAAAAGGAAUUCUGUGCAUUAUGAGGCAGAGAGGUCACUUCCCUUUUCCCAAAAUUUGAGUUUGGAGAUUAUAUAUUAAAGGGAAUUGAUGCAAACAAGGUAGGAAAAUUUGAAUCAUGUUUAUCUAACUGGGGAUUCAAUUCCUCCAGUUUGAUGCUGAUACAUGUAAUCAGAAACUAGCAAAGAAUUCUGCUAUGGAUGUUAAGAAUCUGUCUUUCCAUUUUAGUUGCGUGAUUCUGGGCAUCAAUCUCAGCACGGCCGGCCUCCUAAAAUGCUAUGAUACCGGAAACUUCACCACGAAUAGUACAUAUGGCAAGAACCUUGAUCUAUUCCUCUCUUCUCUCCCAGCUAAUGUAUCAAGAAAUGGUGGUUUCUACCGUACCACCAUUGGCCAAGGCUCCAACGUAGUUCAUGGCUUAGCUCUUUGCAGAGGAGAUACUUCGUCUGAAGCUUGUUCUAACUGUGUCAAUUUAAGAGUCAAAGAAAUCAAAGCAAGCUGUCCCAACCAGACAGAAGCACUUUUAUGGGAAGGGGACGUUGUUUGUCUGGUACGCUAUGCAAACCGCUCUAUCUUCGAAACACUGGAGCUGGAGCCUUCACAAGCAGGCUACAAUACGGGAAACAUUUUGGGUGUCACAUGGAAUGUAACACCAUUUUAUCACAUAUGGGCCAAUUUGAUGGAUGGCUUGGUGGAAAGAGCUUCCAACGGCACAUCCAGCCUCAAGUUUGCAACCGGAAUAGCAAAUGUGGAAUUAGAAAAGAUAUAUGCACUAAUGCAGUGCACCCCAGAUAUAUCUCAGAAAGAUUGCAAAGCGUGCUUAAAUCAAACAGUUGAUCAGUAUCAAAGAUGUUGCCUUGGGCAGCGAGGUGGUUAUGUCCUCACACCAAACUGUCAUUUUCGAUGGGAUUUAUAUCCCUUCUUUGAUUCUUCAGAUGAUACUCUAAAUUUAAAUCCUCCACCUCCACAUAUUAGUCCUCCACUUUCAGCUACAAAUAACAGUACAAAUAGAGGAGAUAAUGGAGGCCUUGGAUCCCAAGCUGUUGUAAUCAUUGUUGUUCCAAUCAUUAUUUUAGUGGCAAUAUCGGCACUUGCUUGUAUUCUUCUUCGAAAAAGGAAGAACAGAAAGCAGGAGAAUAAAAGUGCAGAUAAUAAUAAUAGUUUGGAAUCACUGCGAUUCAACUUCAGUGCAAUAAAAGUAUCAACAGAUAAUUUCUCUGAGAAUAACAAACUUGGACAAGGUGGAUUUGGUUCUGUUUAUAAGGGUAGGCUUUAUGAUGGACAAGAUAUAGCUGUGAAGAGACUGUCUGACAAUUCUGUGCAAGGAGAUUUGGAAUUUAAGAAUGAAGUCCUGUUAAUGGCAAAGCUUCAGCACAGGAAUUUGGUUAGGCUGCUAGGCUUUUCCUUCGAAGGAAAAGAAAGGCUUCUUAUUUAUGAGUUUCUUCCAAAUUCAAGCCUCGACCAUUUCUUAUUCAAUCCCGUUAGGCGCUUACAACUAGAUUGGGAAAAGAGACACAAAAUCAUAACAGGAAUAGCUCGAGGGAUACGCUACCUUCAUGAAGAUUCUCAACAUUGAAUUGUUCAUCGUGAUUUAAAAGCUGCUAACAUUUUGUUAGAUGAUGAUAUAAACCCUAAAAUAGCAGAUUUUGGAUUGGCUAGGUUGUUUUCAGUGGAUCAAACACAUGAUGCUACAAGCAAACCUGCUGGAACCUUUGGAUAUAUGCCUCCAGAAUACAUCAGAUACGGAACAUAUUCAGUUAAAUCUGAUGUUUAUAGCUUCGGUGUGCUAGUUUUGGAAAUCAUCAUUGGUGAAAAGAUAAGUUGUUUCCGCAGUGAGGAAGGAGAGGAUCUUCUAACCUAUGCAUGGCAGAGUUGGAAAAGAGGAACAGAAAUGAAUAUGAUAGAUCCGGCUUUGAAGGAUGGUCCAAGGAUAGAAAUGAUGAGAUGUAUCCACGUUGGGUUGCUAUGUGUUCAAGCAAUUGAUUCUAACAGACCAAACAUGACCUCUGUAGUGUUAAUGCUUAGCAACUACUCCAUGUCUCUUCCAUUGCCCUCAAGACCUGCCUUCGUAGACUCCACCAUGGAACCACUCCAACUCACAGUCAAUGAGGCAUCCAUUUCUGAGUUAGAUCCUAGAUGAAAUUUGAGUCCUUUCUACUAAUUCUACUAAGGGUACUGUUCUUGAUUCUUAAAGGGAAAAAUAAAUGAUAGUGUUGAAACUAAGUUUUGUCCAGUAUCAACUUCAACAUCGGAAAGAAACAAUCUAUAUUUCAAAUUUGAACAGGUUUCAAGUGAUUUAUUUGAUUGUACAUGAAGAAACAGCUUUUAGUUUGUGAAUAUAGGACAUUAACAUA